AUGGCUCUCGGAGAGGAGAUGAUGAUGGAGAAGAUACUCAUGGGUGGUAGCGGCAUGGGUGGCGGCAUAGGUGGCGGCAUGGGCAUGGGCAUGGGCGGGGGAAAUGGGAGGACCAAUGGGUGGAGGAAUGACGAGUGGUAUGGGAGGAGGCAUGGGCGGGAUGAUGACCCCCAGCAUGGGAGGUAG